GGUCCAACGGCUAGGAUUCGUCGCUUUCACCGACGCGGCCGGGGUUCGACUCCCCGCAACGGAAUUUUUAAUCGAUUCUCCUUUAUUAUCAUCCAGAGAAUGAAAGUCCUUAUUCAUGAGACGGACUUACAAUGAAAAGCAAACAAACAGUUAGAAAUAAACAACUUGGCACUUGACAUGUAGAAGACGUUGAUAGAGAAUUCACCUCGGUAGAAGGAGUGAAAUACUCAUACGUAGCCUAAGUAGUUAGAAGUCGUCGUCGUCGUCCUCUUUUUAUGAGUUGAAUCUCAAGAAGGAGCAGUAAGAGUAAUGUAUGGAUGGAUGCCAACCUCCUCCCAAAAAAAAAGUUUCAUUUUUUGAAAGUUUUCUUCAAGGAAUGCAAACUCCAUUUCCCGUGCCAAAAGAAGAGGCAAGCAACCGUGUUAUAUUGUACUUGACUGUUUGCUUAAAAGGUCAUCUCAAAACAUCUGCUCUUAAAACGAUCUCCGUAUUGAGUCUCAUGUAA